AUGUCAGAGAUAGUACAGCAUCGGAAUGUCGCAACUCAGGAUAUCGACAAACAGGAAGUUUUGCCUUCAUCAUGUAUAGUCGCCACAGAAACUCCAAAGACUGUUACAAAAACUGUUCAAGGGGGCGCAAAGAGGCAAGAAACAGUGACCGAGGGUAAGACAGAGCCAUCUACGAUUCGCAGGUUCAUCUUCAAGGCAUGGAUGACGUGGUCUAGGAUUAUGGACCGGCUGCGUUUCAUAUCUGACGUCUGUCUUGACUCCGAUGAGAUUACAGAGGAGCUUUUUGAUGAUGGUGAUGGAUCAACACGCCAAGGAGUGAAAGCAGACAGCAGCAGAGGCAAUGUGGCACCAAACGGUGACAAGGGCAACUGCAAAACUUGCAAGUGUCCCGAGAAUAAAUGCAGGUGUGGACCUGCCGUGUCAAAAGAUAUCAGCAACUCGGACGUACUCUCGAACAACACUACACCACAAACCAUACAGGCAUCAGACGUGAAGUCGGCGACUCUGGAAAAAGACUCAAGCAUUUUGGACAGCAGUCUGAACGAGGUCUCCACUAAAAGGGCAAAGGAGGACCAUGAGAAUUCUAUAGAUUCCUCCCUUACACCAUUCACAGGUGGCGAAGACCUGUGGAAUGCCCAGAAUAGAGAGUGGCUAAAGCCGUCACCCGAGUACAGCGAUAUCCAGGGCAAAGUCAAACUAAUGAAGAGAAUGCGUGAGCACGAAUUACGCAGUCACGUGAUGAAGCGGGACUACCCCAUCGUGUACCAGAAUCUCGUUUUACAGGGCCGGGCUUUGAAGCAGCCCAUGAACUUGAAGGACUUGAUCAAGGUGCUAACCACUGAUUGGGCCUAUGAGAGCUAUCUUAAUAAGCAUUCGGCGCUGGCCAAUCAGAGAACGCGUUGA